AUGGACCAGAGUAACAAUCCGAGCGAGGGCUUGAAGGAGCAGGCUGGGGGGCAGAAGAGAAAUGCCUUCACGGAGCUCAUGGGACCCAGAAACAAACAACCAAAGCCCGUAACAAAAGCUCCUUCGGAUCGCAACGCGGUCAAAGGCAAAGCCACGUUCGGCGCCCGAGAUGGACUGGGUGCUUAUAUUGACAAGCCUGAAAAAUACCCCCCUGAUGUUAUGGUCUACCAUAGUGAAGAUUUUGUGGCGAUCCAUGACAUGUUCCCCAAGUCUUCAUUACACCUUCUCCUCCUUCCCCGAGAUGGGACCAAAACGCGCCUCCACCCAUUCGAUGCCUUCGAAGAUGCCGAAUUUUUGGUGAAGGUCAAGGAGGAAGCCUACAAGCUUCGCACUUUGGCAGCCGGAGAGUUGAGGCGCAAGUAUGGGAAAGAUUCUGCUCAGGAGCAGGCGAGGCAGGCAGCGCUGAGCGCUGACCCGCCGCCGGAUGAGCUGCCGCAAGGCCGCGAUUGGGAGCAAGAGGUCAUCGUCGGCGUCCAUGCAGUGCCAUCUAUGAACCACUUACACGUCCAUGUGCUAUCGGUGGACAGAUACAGUGCCCGCCUGAAACACCGCAAACACUAUAAUAGCUUUUCAACGCCAUUCUUCGUGCCGAUUGAUGACUUCCCAUUGGCGCCUGAUGACGAACGACGGCGGCCGACUGAAACAGGUUAUCUCAAGCGGGACUUCGUCUGCUGGCGUUGUGGAAAGGUGUUUGGCAGUCGAUUCGCCGAAUUGAAGCAACAUCUAGAGCAGGAGUUUGCGGAUUGGAAGAGACUGUGA